AUGGAGGCUCGUUUGGAAGCGAUCAUCAGCAAGCUUGACGGUGUGGACAGCGCUGGUGAAGAUGCAGCCCGGAACAGGAAGGAUGCUUUCGAUCGUGAGGUUGAGCUCAUGAAGAGAGUCAAGGGUCUGGAGGAAAACAUCGAGACUUACCGCAACAACAUGAAGACUCUUGGUCAGAGGAUAGAUGAUGGGAAAGUGGAGAUGGUUCAGGGGCAGAUAGAAGUCCUGAUUCGGAAGGCGACUGACGCUGGAGAGGAUCGCGAAAGAGUCAAAGAGACUCUGGCUAUGCUCGAAAAUGCUACCGAGGCGCUCAAGAGGGAAAACGAAACCCUGGAGGCACGAGUAACUGAGCUGAAAGCAGACGUGGCGGCGAAAGCUGCUGAAGCUGUGUUGGCCGUGCAAGCCUCGCAAAGAGGUCUUGAUGAUGCCGCAUCAAUCAGAGCCGUGGUCGCUGAUGCACCAAUCGAGAAGGGGACUCAAGACGUCGUCGCAGCCACCGCUGGUAACGUGCCGCAGUCCUCGAAUGUGCCCACAAAGAACGCUCGACUCAAGACAAGCGCAGUCGCCUUGAAACCGACCGGCACCAAGUCGAUGAAGAGAGAGCUCGCGGGUCUGAUGGGCGAUGUGGCCCCUCGUCGAUCGACUCGCUGCAACAACAAGCGGACUCCCAACGCUGCAUCUGCGCUGCUCGAGAAGAUCGAUAAAACUGACCAAAACUCAAAGAACGGAGACUUCACAGAUGAGAAGAUUCAGGAGCAUAUCGUUCGCAAAGGAAAGGGCUGGGUCGAAGUUGUAGAAAUUAUAAGUAACAACGAAGACGAGGAACAUGCUAAGCAGGCGGAGCUUGUGCCGCCAUCGAAUGCGAAGCAGAUUCAGGUGCGCAAAUCUAACACUGAUUCUGCGGGCAACCCACUCAAGCGAGGCCCUGGCCGACCACGCAAGAAAGUCCCUCCUGCUGUCGGAGGCACUUCAGCUGCAGAUCAGGUCCCGGCGCCUGCACCAAAGCGUGGCCGUGGACGCCCGCGUAAGCUGGCCGAGCAUGUCUCUGCACAGCCAUCAGUCGAGCAAGCAGACGCUCUAGCCCCGAAGCGUCGAAAGAUAGAGCAGAAUGACAGCACUCAGCCGGGUGUGGUCGUUUGCACAAACGGCAAGGGCAACAAGCGCAAAGUCGAUGCAGACGCUAUCGAUGACACGGUACACCUGACUGCGCCCCGGGCAUCUCGCAGUCAGCACCAGACACCGGCUACAGUAGCAGCUAAGAGGCUGAAGCAAGAGACUGCAGCUACAGACGGAGCAGCGCAGGCGCACGGCACAUCGUCGAAGACCAAGUCUCGAGGACGCCCGCCGGUUGCCUCCAAGAGCGCUCGGAGAGGCUUGACCAAUGUGUUCUCGUCUCCCAUUUCUUCUCCACCAGGGAGCUUGGGUGCAGCCCUGUCUUCGCAGAAUUCAGACGCUGUGGUCACGACAGUCAAAGAGCAGCCGGCAAGCAGGAAAAGGACAAUUCCUCAGAAUGACGAUACAUCGCGUGUCUAUGGGAAGGCUCGGAAGAGUGGGUUGACCGGAGCCAAUCUUGUCAAUGCUGAGUUUGACCUUGACUUUGAAAUGUGAGGUGUGAAUGGUGGUCACCAAGAAUGCUAGAGUAAGUGUUCGAUGUCGAACGUGUGGUACGAAAUGGGAAAGUUUUGUCGUGGCUAUAUCUGCUCACACUAAAGGGUACUCAAGGAAUUUAUCGUCAGGCAGGGAUAUGGUAGACAUUCUAAACAAUAGAGUAUUAUCAGGGAACUCUCGGACGUAUAUAAAGCUGCCAUAGACUGAGUUCUCCACGAUGAAGGGGCGCUGUUCAAAUGACGAUUG